AUGCCCUUGUCACCGAUGUAUUCAACACAGCUCUACAGAAGGAAAGGCGAUCCAACUCACAUGAAAAACUAUCGACCUUUAUCCUUGGCCAACUCGGAUUACAAGCUUUUUACUCGAUGCAUCAACCGGCGUAUCAUGGACGUCUCUACCCAGCUUAUCAGCCGCCACCAGUUAGGAUUCAUUCCAGGACGAUAUAUUGCUGAAAAUGGUAUGAUUUGUCAACUAAUCAUGGAAGACGCACAACGAAAAUGGACAGUUGCGGAACAACGGGACGACGAUCCUACAUUUGGCUCUUUGGAUGCUGAUAUUGGCCUUCUCCUUGAUCAAGAAAAGGCAUAUGAUCGUGUAAAUUUAGACUACCUUCGGCACGUCUUGCUGAAAUUUGGCUUCCCCGUCCUUUGGUGA